AUGAAGAACCUGUUUAAGAAACAGUUUACAGUUGGUCAGCAAUCACUGAUGCGUGGCUCUGACAAGAAGAAGUUGAAGGAGAAGAUUAGACUUUGUUAUGCACCAGCUGUAACAAUGGAUCAAUUGGACGAGUUGAUUUCAAAUAAGAAGGACUUGGGUGUCGUCAAGUUACAAGGUUCACAACCUCCAAUCACUCUAUACUGUCAAGGUGGAGACCCUCUCUUCUUUGAAUAUCAAGGUCAACUCUAUCCCUCAAUAUACGCACUUAGUAAGAUACCUGACAUGUUGAUUAGGAUCACUAUUUAUCCUCCUGUGUUCAACUAUCUGUCGAAUGGUGCAGACUUGAUGUUUGCUGGUAUACAUAAUCCUGGAGAUGUACCUGCUGAGGGAAAGAUUGUAUCGAUUGCAUUGAGAGGCUCACGAUCACCUGUUGCCGUUGGAUUUGUACUGCCCUACACUGAGAAUGACAGGGCUACCUUGCAAGGAAAGGUAGUCUCACUCAUACAUUACAUCAAUGAUUCACUGUGGCAGUAUGGCACCAAAGAGAUGGAGAUGAUCAUUGAACAACCAAUCACCAAUGAACAAGAAGGAGGAGAAGACACUCGUGGUGCUGAUGCCGAUACUGAGGUCGCGACAACGACCACAACAUCGACCACGACAACGACAACGAACAACACAAUCAAUGAAGCAAUGAACAAUGUGUCCAUCGAGGACCAUGACGACGAGGAUGAUCAAGAUCAAGACGACAACGAUGACGAUGAUGACAAUGAAAACGACAAUCAAGACGAUGAUGAUGAAAAUGAUGAAGACGACGAUGAUGAGGAGAGUGACACAGAACGAACAAACAAGAAAAAGACAAAGAAGGGAAGAAAGGAGAAGACUCCUGCGAAGGAAGCGGCGACCGGACCAUCGGCGACAAAGGAAGAGAUGGACAAGAUUGUGUUUGAUAGCUUCAUGGGCGCGAUCAAGUUUGGAGUGAAGGACGGUGAGCUGCCGCUGCCACUCAAGACAUUCUUCAACAAGUAUAUGUUGUACUACGCACCGGCCAACACAUUCGAGAUCAACCUGGCCAAGUCAUCAUACAAGAAGGUGCUCAAGCUGAUUGAGGCCAUGAAGAAGAAGGGUCUGGUCGACUUUAACGAACCGACCAAGGGAAACAUCAUGGUGACGCGCAUUGGUCGCGGCCACAGCGAGUACAAAGAGUUCCAGAUGGGCCAGGUCGUGGGCGAGCAGAAGAAGUUGGACGAUGACAAUGCCGAAGACUCAGAGUCGACGUACGGCAGCAAUGAGGCCGCGACGAUUGGCAUCAAGUUGAUACGCGACUGCUUCCAACUGCCCAAGCCACUCAAGGUAUACUUCACCGGCAAGAUGGAACUGCUGCCGUACUACCAGAUAAAGGAGAUCAAUGACAUGCUGGUCGCGUACGUUCGCCAAGCUCAGCUGGACGACCCCGCGCAGCCAAGCAGCAUGCGUCUGGAUGGCCUGACGGCCGAGCUGGUCAAGGCACAGAUUGGCGUGUCGAUGCCCAAGAACCAGUUCUACCAAGUGUUCCGAGCGUCACUACUGCCGCGCUUCAUGGAGAUACAGCGCGACGAUGGCGAGACCGUCUACAGCCUGUUCAAGCAGAUCGAGGUUCACGCCAAGCAGGUGGCCAACAAGAAGGUGAUCGAGGUGAAGAACCUGGAGCACUUCUUCAUCAGCACGAAGGAGCUGGCCAAGGAUGGCAUGAAGGUGUUUGCAUCCAGCAUCACAGUGACACUGAGCAAGGAGAACAAGGUCGUGGUGAGGAUACAAGGCAAUCAGACUGAUCGCGUCGUAGAGUAUCUGCAACAGCGCUACAAUGUACCUGAGGCCUAUAUAUCCGUGUUGAACACACUGCCCAAGUCCAAACAAGCCAAGUCUGCCAAGCCAGUCGCGCCCCAGCCAUCCGCGUCCAAGCAGGCGGGUGGCAAGACGAGUGGCAACCCAAAAAAUUCAAAAAAAUGA